UGAUGCCCGGGAGCCAUACAUGCUUAAGUUUUGAUGAUUUUGCUAUCCAUAGUCACUCUGAAAGGGUUUAUUUUGUGGCAAAUACUGAUAAACAGUUUAAGCAUACCAAAUGGACUAAACGGACGAAUAUUGGUCCAGCUUAUUUGACUUAUAUGGAUGUAUGACUUCGAAAAAGAAUGGAAGAUGAAACUAAGGAACAAAUCUGUCCAUCCGAUGCCAUUCAAAAUGCUUUGGAGGAAGCGCACCGAAAACAAUUGUUAUUAGAAUCAUUGGAAGAAGGCUCAGGAUUUACGAAUUCAAAUGAUAAAGAGAAAAAGAUGUACAACUGUACUAUCUGUAAAAAGAAGUUCGUGAAGAAAAGUUACCUAAAUAGCCAUAUUAUUACACACACUGGUGAGACACCGUUUCGAUGUGAGUUCUGUAACAAAGGGUUCAAUGUGCGAAGCAACCGAAAUGUUCAUCGCAGAAUACAUACUGGUCAAAGACCGCAUGACUGCGAGUUAUGUGAGAAGUCAUUCAGACAGGCCGGCCAGCUUGAGUACCACAUGCGUUUCCACCGAGGGGAAAAACCGUUCCUGUGUCCCUGGUGUGCCAGGUCAUUCAGGAACAGCUCGGGCCUGACAACACACCAAAGAACACAUACUGGAGAGAAGCCUUUUUCCUGUGAUGUCUGCCAGAGAUCAUUUUCAACAUCAACAAGUCUUAAAACUCAUAGGGUAACACAUUCAGGAAAAAUGCUGUUUGAAUGCCCGGUUUGUGGCAGGGAAUUCAACCGCAAGAAUAAUCUUAAUGUGCACAUUAAGAGACAUGAUAAAAAUAGAAAAUAUUCCUGUCCGGAAUGUAGCAAUGGUUUUGUAAUGAGAGCUCAUGUCCUGAAGCAUUUAAAGAAGGCCCAUGCCAUUGGUUUGAAUGAAGUCAAGCAAAAGUACAAUUUUUUGUUGGAAAAAUCUGACUGUAAAGAAGAUGAAGUCAAGCGGAUUGAAUCAAAAAAGUAUGAAAACAAUGCGACAAGAAAUUGUAUUAAAUUGAUUAAAGACGAAAAUGGCGAUACAAAAUAUCUGACAUGUGAUAUAGAAAUGAAAGUUGAAAAUACUAAAAAUGAAAGAAAUGGAAGAAAUGAAGAAGAAAGUAGUGGUACUAUUAAGGGUGACUUUCCGGAGGAAGAUGAACAAAACAUUGCUGAUAUUAAGUAUAACGAGACUCAUGAUAUUGUAAACACACAAGGUAGUAUCAGCGAUAUUGAAAAUGAAUUGACUGACAUUAGUACUGCUGAAAACGGGAAAACAAAUAGAUCAAAUGACAAGAAAGCCAUGAAUAGCAUCUACAGACAGGCUGUUGUAGUUAAUGACAGUAGUUGUUCGAGGAAUAACACACAUGAAAUGGAGGGCGUGUUUGAAAAUUCUAGCAUCAAAGACGUCAUGUCCGAGAAUUUUGCUUACAACAGCGGUUCUGAAAUGGAAGGGUUUUCAAGUUUAAAUCCUUAUUUAACCAUGAAUGAUACUAAGUUGGACAUUAACAUAUCUGUUAAAAGUGAACCAAUAUUUAUAGAAGUUGCAGAUGCAACAGCAGAAGACCAAGGUAUGGGUGCUGAUGACUUUACAAAAUACAUCAAAACUGAACAAAGAAAAUUGGACGACACUGUUGAUGGGAAACAUUUUCUCCAAAAAGGUUUAGACAAGACAGAUACAGUGCAAUCAUCUGAAAGUCAUAGUACGAUGUACUUGGAUGCAGUAAUUAAACAAGAGAAAACAGACGAAACAAAGUGAUAACUUAAACAUGUGUUGUUUUGAUGUUAACCAAAAGUAUUAUUGUGUCUUGUGUGGUUACAUAUUUUUGUGAUUAAUUUACAUAAGGUAUAUAUAAUCUUAUACAAAAUUUACUUAGUUCAUUUUGCUAGAAUGUGAAUCUAAAAAAUGCAGUAAUUAGAAGGUCAGAUCAUUGCAUUCACUGGUUAGACGGGCUAUUUUAGACCCCAUAGUCGGAGGCAGACAGGCGAAUCAAGAAGAAAUAUUUUUUUAUAAAGACUGAGCAAAAAGAAUAAUUUAUAAUUACUCUAUAUAUGAUGUUCCACAAUAGCUUGCCCUAGAAACAUUUGAAUAAUCAGUGCGUAGCAUCAACUUAAUUUAGGUAUCUUACCUCGUAUUUUUGAAGUGAAACGAAUAAUUACAUCUGUGUAUAUAGUUUCAUGUCCACAUUACACCAAGUGAAUCCUUCACCAUAGUCAGCCUUUUUCCUAGUAAAAUUAUAAACAGGUUAUAGAACGUGGUAUUUUUGACAGGUUUGACAUUAUAUUGGUCUUUAAUAAAUAACCCUUAAUGAAUAACUAGUGAAUUUAGUAUUAUUAAGUUUUCACGUCGCUGUAGAUGAAAGAUAUUAUUAUUCAUCAUAAAAACACCACGGAAUGCGUUGUAAUGCUUAUUUGUUAUGUGUGCCACCAGCAGACAUAAAUUCUACUAGUUAAAACCGUUUGAUAAAAAAAAGAUACAUGUACAUGUGUAAGUCAAUUGCAGCCGAAUAUCGCUGCUUUUGCCAGUCAUGACUUAAUUGUAUAUGGCAUAUAGCAUUACAUCGCAAACAAUGAGUUAAUACCUAAAGGUAAACAACUUAACAUGGACCACAGAAUUGCUUCGACUUGGAAUUCCACACCAUAAACCCCUAGCAUUACUUACUUUGUGUAUUUUUUUAAAGAUUUUGAUCCUCAACAUAAACUUAUUCGUAAUACAGACUGGUCAAUACCCAAUGACUACUACAUUGCCUGAAAGUUCACAUCACAAUAAAACAGUCGGAGACUGCGGUAAACAACACACGCUGUACUAGAGACAUUUGUUGCUUACUUCGUUCUCAAUAUUUUACUCUUCAGGUCAAUGCCUGUGAAUUACUUGGAAUUGCACCCUAACAACAAAGAGGAAGAUAAAUAACACGUUAUUUACUUAUUUUAUUGUAAACAUGCCCAUGAUGUACAAACAUAGUCCAUGUUUACAUAAAGUUAUAUUGUUGCGGACAUUGACUCAGUAGCCAAACAUCUAAUACUUGU